GACUGGAAGAAACGAGGGGUUUACCUUUGCCUGUAGCGGUGAACAUGUGAGUUUAAAAGUUACGCAACAGUUUGUAAAGUAUAUGUAUCACCCGGUCUGUGUGUUAUGUGAGGGUUGCCAUUGUCCGGCUCAAGAAGAGGGAGGAUGGCGAUCGAUAUGGAGCCAAUAAACAAAGAUGCGAAAAGCAACCCGGCAGCCAAUGCUAAUUUAUUUUCAAAGAUAUUCUUCUGCUGGCUGAAUCCUCUUUUCAGCAUCGGAUCUAAGAGGAGGCUUGAAGAAGAUGAUAUGUUCAAUGUGCUUCCAGAGGAUCAGUCCAAAAUACUUGGGGAGGAACUGCAGAGUUAUUGGAACCAAGAAGUGACUAAAGCAACCAAAGAACUCCGGACACCAAAACUCUCAAAAGCUAUUAUCAAGUGCUUCUGGAAGCCGUAUGCAGUUCUGGGAAUAUUCACUUUAAUAGAGGAGGCGAUUCAUGUGGUACAACCAGUGUUUUUGGGAAAACUCAUAAAUUAUUUUGAGCGCUAUGACCCUGAUGACACGGCAGCAUUGCACGUGGCGUAUGGGUAUGCAGGAGGUGUAUCUUUCUGCGCCAUGUGUCUGGCGUUACUACACCACCUUUACUUUUACCACGUCCUACGAGUAGGAAUGAAAAUGCGCAUCGCAAUGUGUCACAUGAUCUACAAGAAGGCAUUAUGUCUUAGUGCCACGGCAAUGGGAAAGACGACCACGGGGCAGAUUGUUAAUCUCUUGUCCAAUGAUGUCAACAAGUUUGAUGAGGUGACUAUUUUUCUGCACUUCCUGUGGGUGGGGCCACUCCAGGCUGCAGCUGUGGUCGGCUUGCUCUGGCAAGAGAUCGGACCGUCAUGCCUCGUUGGCAUGGUGGUUCUGGUCUUUCUUAUGCCGCUUCAGACCAUGUUUGGAAAACUGUUUUCUAAGUACAGGACCAAGACGGCAGGUCUCACAGACAGUAGGAUACGCACAAUGAAUGAGGUGGUGUCUGGCAUGCGUAUAAUCAAGAUGUAUGCCUGGGAAAAACCAUUUGCGACGCUUGUCGGUGACGUACGAAGUAAGGAGAUUUCGAAAAUCAUGAGUAGCAGUUAUCUGCGUGGACUUAACAUGGCCUCGUUCUUUGUGGCGAGUAAAUUCAUUCUGUUUGUGACCUUCACCGUGUACGUGCUGGUGGGAAACACCAUCACGGCCAGUCGCGUGUUCGUGGCUGUGUCGCUGUACACGGCCGUCCGCCUCACCGUCACUUUAUUUUUCCCCUCUGCGAUCGAGAAGGCGGCUGAAGCGGCCGUCAGCAUCAAGAGAAUUAAGAAGUUUCUUCUACUGGAUGAGCUGAAGGAUCACUCUCAGAGGUCAGUGUCCCAGGAUUCAUUGUCUAAUGAGGAGAAGGAGGCAUCUGUGGAGCUGCAGGAUCUCGUAUGUUACUGGGACCAGACUCUGGACUCUCCAACACUCCAAAAUCUGUCCUUUACUGUAAGACCGGGUCAGCUUUUGGCCGUUAUUGGUCCUGUGGGGGCUGGCAAGUCGUCUCUGCUCAGCACUGUUCUGGGUGAACUUCCGGCUGAUAAGGGCAUGAUAAAGAUCAAAGGUGCGCUGACGUACGCUUCUCAGCAGCCGUGGGUCUUUCCCGGCACCAUUCGGAGCAACAUCCUGUUCGGGAAAGAGCUGGAGCCCCAGAGAUAUGAGAAGGUCCUUCGAGCUUGUGCGCUUAAGAGGGACAUGGAGCUGCUUCCUGAUGGUGACUUGACCUUGAUCGGAGACAGAGGAGCGACUCUUAGCGGUGGCCAGAAAGCUCGAGUCAACCUGGCCAGAGCCGUGUAUCAGGACGCUGACAUCUACCUGCUGGACGAUCCAUUGAGCGCAGUGGACGCAGAAGUAGGCCGACACCUGUUUGAACAGUGUAUCUGUGGGUUUCUGAAGCACAAGCCCAGGAUCUUGGUUACUCACCAGCUCCAGUACCUGAAGGCCGCAGAUCAGAUCCUUGUUUUAAAGGAGGGACACAUGGUGGCACGCGGGUCAUAUUCUGAACUUCAACGUUCGGGAGUGGAUUUCACCUCUCUGCUGAAGAAGGAAGAGGAAGAUGAGACCGUAGGCGAGAAAGGAGAACCUCCUCGCUCGCCCCGCAUUCGAACCUUGUCACAGAAUUCCGUCCGUUCACAGACGUCCUCAGUUCUGUCCGUUAAAGAUGAAUCCGAUCAACUUCCGAUGGAGACCGUGCACACCAUGGUAGAAGAAAGUCGCUCGGAAGGAACCAUCGGCCUCCGUUUGUAUUGGAAAUAUUUCCGAGCUGGAUCCAACGUAUUCAUCCUGGUCUUCAUCGCGAUCCUCAACCUCCUCGCACAGGUUUCUUAUAUUGUUCAGGACUGGUGGCUUGCAUAUUGGGCCUCAGAACAGGAGAAGCUUGACAAUCCUUUUAUUAACGACACUAGUAAUAACAUCAAUUCGACCAACAUCACUGAUAUAGGCGGUCAAAAGCCGGAGCUGGACCUGAACUUCUAUCUGGGUAUCUACGCAGGUUUAACCGUGGCCACCAUCGUCUUUGGCUUCAUGCGCUGUUUGUAUAUGUUUCACUCUCUGGUGAGCUCGGCGCAGACGUUACACAGCCGAAUGUUUAACUGCAUCCUGAGGACCCCAGUGCGUUUCUUUGACAUCAACCCUAUUGGAAGAAUUCUCAACCGGUUCUCCAAAGACAUCGGCCAGCUUGAUUCCCAACUUCCUUGGACAUUUGUGGAUUUUGUGCAGGUGUUUCUGCAGGUCCUUGGCGUCAUCGCUGUGGCAGCUUCAGUAAUACCUUGGAUUCUGAUUCCCGUGCUGCCUCUUUUGAUUUGCUUCCUGUUUCUGCGGCGCUACUUCCUGCGGACGUCACGAGACAUCAAGCGACUCGAAUCCACGACACGAAGUCCUGUAUUCUCCCACCUGUCGUCCUCCCUUCAAGGCUUGUGUACUAUUCGUGCCUUUAAAGCGGAAGAAAGAUUUCAGCAAACCUUCGAUGCUCAUCAAGAUCUGCACUCGGAGGCUUGGUUCCUGUUUCUGUCCACCUCGCGAUGGUUUGCUAUACGCUUGGAUGUAAUGUGCGCCGUGUUUGUGACCAUCACAGCCUUCGGAUGUCUUCUGCUGAAAGACAGUAUGGAGGCAGGUGCGGUAGGGUUGGCUUUGUCUUACGCUGUCACACUUAUGGGAAUGUUUCAGUGGGGCGUCAGGCAGAGCGCUGAAGUGGAGAACUUGAUGACCUCGGUAGAGAGAGUGGUCGAGUACACGGAGCUAGAGAGCGAAGCCCCAUGGGAAACCCAAAAGCGCCCCCCUCCCGAUUGGCCAAAUCGAGGUCUGAUAACAUUCGACAGGGUCAACUUCUCCUAUAGUUCGGAUGGACCUGUAGUCCUCAAAAACAUCUCAGCCAUGUUCAGACCCAGAGAGAAGAUUGGAAUCGUCGGGCGAACCGGCGCGGGGAAAAGUUCCCUGAUAUCAGCUCUCUUCCGGUUGACGGAGCCAGAAGGCAAGAUCUUCGUAGAUGGGGUGUUAACCUCUGAGAUCGGCCUGCAUGAUCUUCGGCAGAAGAUGUCCAUCAUCCCGCAGGAUCCGGUGUUGUUCACGGGAACCAUGAGGAAGAACUUGGAUCCCUUCGGCCAGCACUCGGACCAGGACCUGUGGAACUCUCUGGAAGAGGUCCAGCUGAAGUCAGUUGUGGAGGAGCUGCCUAGUAAACUCGAGACAGAAUUGGCCGAAUCAGGAUCGAACUUUAGCGUGGGUCAACGUCAGCUCGUCUGUCUCGCAAGGGCCAUCCUGAGGAAGAACCAAAUUCUCAUCAUCGACGAGGCCACUGCAAAUGUUGACCCUAGGACAGACGAAUUGAUCCAGAAAACCAUCCGUGAGAAGUUUAAGGAAUGCACCGUUCUUACCAUAGCGCACAGACUCAACACUAUUAUAGACAGCGAUCGGAUCAUGGUUCUGGAUGCAGGUCGGAUCAACGCGUAUGACGAUCCCUUCGUUCUCCUAAAGAACCAGGACGGCAUUUUCUACAAGAUGGUCCAGCAGACAGGAAAGGCAGAGGCGGCAUCGCUGUUGCACACUGCCAAACAGGCUUACUUGAACCGCAGCCCAUCCCACCAACUCAACGGCUUUGCCACCACAGGAGAUGGCAGCCUGGUUAUCUUCGAGACGGCACUGUAACGAGCAUGUGCCCGCUAAGUGCUUAAUCUACACGGGGCACGGUCGCUUCCAGCCACCCCGGCAUUGUCCUUCUGCGGGGGACGAUGGGGCAAAGGUUCUGCCCCGGGUCACCACUGAGAGAUCUCUGCUCGGUCAGGCUGAGCAGAACCGGGGAGGUUUACGUGUGCUCGUAUUCGCCAACCACUCCAAAGAGGAACGAGCUAAUACUCCAGCAUUAUGAUUCCUCCAAUGCACUGUAGUAUACAGGAUGUUUUUUUUAUAUAUACGUGCCUUAUUUAAGUGUAGUACCAGGACUUAUAAAGUCUCACAUGGGCCAAAGAGAUAAAAACUUGCCUUUGCUUAAAACUAAACUGUAAGCCAAACUGAAACUGCUGCUUGGAUAUACCGGUGCCUCUAUGUAUUAAAAACAACAUAAGAUGCAACACCACCAGCUUUUAGAUGACCGAAACACGGUCAGGUUUAAAAGAGAGACCUUUUUGUUUGUUUACUCCACCUACUUCAAUAUCAAUAUAUAAUGCACAUGCAUUAUAUGCAUUAUAUUUAUGUAUUUAAUUGAAAAUUGAAAGUGUUGAAAACCAUCAGUUUCUUGUGCAAUACAGACAAGACUGAAAACUUUUUGGUUUAAUUUUAUGAACGUGUAAUGCAGUCUUUAAUUUGAAAAAAAUAAUUUUUUUUGUGGAUUUGAAAGCGUGAGAUGAACUGUGAAUUUAUUUAAUAUAAUUUUUCUCAGAUGCUGAGAUGAUUUAUAUUUUAAUAUCUUUAUUAUUUCCUUUAAGGGAAUGACCGAUUUGUGCUUUAAUUUUUAUAGGGGAAUACAAAGAGAAUGUUGUACCUACCUAAAAUAUUCCCAAUUAAUCCCGACACCUUAAUUCAACAAAUACAUUUAAUUUGGCCUCCUAAUUGACUUAAUAAAUAUGACAUUAUGGCAAAUGUUGUCAUAUUUGCUCAGCGAUAGACUUUAUCCAAUGAAAAAAUGCAUGACGUGGUUUUGCAUUUUAAGUUUUGUCCUGUGAUAAGUUUACAUAACUUUAUAAAAACAGGUCGAAAUUGUUUAACUUAAUUUAUUAAGUUAAAGGAACAAAAAAUUCUGUUGAUUUGAUUUUCGAUGCAUUUACCAUGUGUACGAGUACACAUUCGGGAACCAAAAUCAUUUUAAAACAUCUUACUUUUACAAACUAGGGAAUGUAACUCGCUCAAAAUGGGUUUUUGAAAAACACUACACUGAAAAAUGCUGGGUUGUUUUUAACCUAUGGCUGGGUUAGUAUUGGACAGAACACAUGGUUGGGUUAUUUUAACCCAAAUGCUGGAUUGCAUUGAAAUAAAUCAGCAUUUUUUUAAUGAAACUGCCUUAUUUUGGGAAUAUUAAAUUCUGCUUUUUUUUUAAUUACGCAUUAUGUGUUAAUUUAUAAAUGUGUUCAAUUUAUGAAAUUAUUAAAUGAUUGAGUCACAUCUGCUCUGGUAUUUGUACCUGUAUGUGGUCAGUAAAAUAUCUGUUUGCACUGCCAA